UGGGAUGAUGCCCGAGAAAAGAGCUCAAUUUGAUAAAUGGUUUGAACAAAACAAGGAAGACCCUUUCAAUCUGGAUGAGGCCUUGGCAUCAUAUUGUACCAACGAUGUGGAAAUUCUUAUGGCUGCUCUGGUUGCUUUUCGGCGCGAAUUUUUGGAAGUGUCAAAUGGAUUGGAUGUGCUGAGGGAGGCAAUGACAAUCGCCAGUGCUUGCAUGAAACACUUUAGAACAAAUCACCUGGCAUCUCAACACCUUGGAAUUGUUCCAGAGAAGGGCUACGACAACGCAGACAACCAGAGUUUGCUUGCUCUUCGAUUCCUCAACUGGUACGCUGAGGAACACAAUGUAAACAUACGUAAUGCUUAUUCUAAAGAAGGGGAAAAGAGGUCAAUGGGUGUUGUUGGCAUGGGUGUAGGAAAUGUUUUCCAGAUGAUGAAAUAAGACUUCCCAAUGGGGUUUCUGCGGGUAUUCAAAGGGAGAGGGAUGAAAAGCGUUUAGAAUUUAUUGAAAGUUUUGGAGUAGAAGUGGAAGUUUAUUGGGAGUGUGAAAUAAGGGGGAUGCUUUCAAGG